CAACGUCGGCCGCGAUCUUAUCCGCUGCUGGAUGGACGCCUCCGCGUUUGUCUCUCUCCACGAGCAGCCCUCCGCGACGAGCCUGCUCCAGUGCAGCUUCCUGCACACACGGGACGAUUUAAUCAUUCAUUUCGUCGCUCCGUCUCUCGGACGCGCCUCCGUGUCUUGAUAAGAUUACGGUCCCCACCCCGCCCCCCCCAAAUCAUUCGCAGGCUUUCUCCAUUCAGCAAGUGCCUUUAUGUUUCAGCACAUUUCUCGGUGCUGUUGACGCUUCGGUCACAACAACCCCUAAUCAGUGCCUACCUUAAUACAGACCAUUUAACGCUUGAUUGGUCACCCCGUGCCCCACAUUCAUCUCAACGUUCAUCCUACAAUGUUCCAUCACAAAGGGGGGGGGGGGACUCAAAUAUUGAAACGGUUGCACGCCGUAUGGACCUGAACACUCAGUUUCCCCGUACAACAAUAGGGGAUAAACCGUACGCGUUGCCUGCUAUGCAAUGGUCCUUCCCACACGCAAUAAUCUUGAGUGCUUAUCCAGUCGAUCCUGCUUAGCCUCAGCAUCCCGGGUGCUGUGCCGAUGACCAUAAGCCACGCGCAGUUGCACUCCGCAUUCAGUUGACACCUCUCGCAAUGUCUACGAACAAUGCGGCCACUCCAAUCUACUACCUACCCGAACAUUAAUUAACCCCCCCUCAUAAUAGUUCUCUACCACGAAUGUUGUAAUCACGCGGCGUAUGUCUAUUUAAAUUAUAUGUUUAUUAUUUUGCAAGGGGCGGACGUGACGUAAUCUCCGUAACAGCUGUGGGCCCUGUAUGUGGUUGAGUGCUCAGUGCGGGACCCCGUAGCGGUGAUUGUUGUUGUUAUUAUUGAUUGAUUGUUGUUUAUUUUGUUGCACGGAAGCGAUGGCCGAGUCGGGGUUCCGACGCGUGGCCGUGCUGUGCUGCGUGGCCGCCUGCUUCUCGCUGCUCGCAGUGAAGGUGUUCGUGCCCAUGGCGACGCGAGAGACUCCUCCUCACUCCGGCCAGGGAGCUGCGCGUCAAUUUCCCAAGCAGACGCCACAGCGCCCACUCGGCCCUCAGCCCGAGCGGCCCCGGAUGGGCGGCUCCCAUAUCCCCGAGGCACGCGCUCGUCACCAUGCAAACUCUCAGCCCGCCCCCAGCAACCGCAGCAUCAUGGGGCAAGUCCUGCCCGUCUACUGCCUGGGCAUCUUCAUCUACGUCGUGUACAUCCUCUUCAAGAUUACUACGAGAAAAGAUAGUUCACAACCGAAGAAACCGGUUAAGUGUUUGAGCGGCAGUGGUCUGAGUGAACACCAGCUCAUCCAGCUGAAGCAGCGUUUGGAGGACACGGAGAGAGCACUGGAAAAACUCGCCUCUAAAGUAGUGGGGCCUUUCUCCGAUGGCAGAGGUGGCGGUGAGCAAGAAGAGCGACUGCUAUCUCAGUUGCAGGAGAUCGCGCGCACGCUUAGAGAAAGCACCGACUUCGCCGGUGUGGAUUCACCUGGGGGCGGCACGCACCCCCAACACGACUCGGCAGGGGGUGAAUGUCCAAGACACCAAGCUGCCGCAGAAGGUGAACACUCCCCAUCGGUGGAAGAAGCUGGUACUGCGGUCUGUGCCGAAGGCAGCACAGAAAUACCGACCGGUCACACACAGCUUGGGGAAACCAUGGGCCCCACCAGCAAAUCGGAUCGAUGUGAUGAGAGCAACGAUGCGGAUGCGAAGGAUCGCGAUGCAGGGUAUGAGCAGAGUCACGUGACAGCGCACUGCACUGGCGUUCGAGGCCCGUCUGAGAUGGAAGGGGAAAAUAUGUCACCCAAUGUCGGAGGACCCAGCGAGACUGACGAGGGCCGUGAUGGCAGUGGGGAAGAGUUCAAACAGCACGCAGACGGGCAAACGAGUGGAGUCAGGAAAAGGAUCGCGGCGAGCAUGGAGAAAAUGUAACGGACGGUGUUGUCUUGGUGGGCCUCAAAUAUAUUUCUGGCAAUACGUUUCAGUGUUAAUAAUUAUGUAUGGUGAAACCUCAUUUAUUCACACAACUAUUCACACAUCUAACUGCAGUUAACAGUUGUAUAGCACAGCAUGUUAUUUUUGUAUUUAAAACCAACAUAAAAAAACCCUGCAAAACAUAUCUGCAAAUCACCCGUUCUAUUUAAUUUCCUCAUGUUUUUGUAAAAAUAUAAAUAUGGUGUAUAAAAUACUCAGUGCAGUUACUGAGGUAACAUCUUACCUAUAUAAACAAUACUUCCAAAUUAUAUUACUCUCAUUACUCUUGGCAAAGGGACCCCUCAAUUAGUGGGAAUAGUUGAGGUUUCACUGUAUAUUGUUCUUCCAUUUGGCCCGAUUGUCUUCUUGUUGUCAAGGUACGAAGAGAAGUUGUGGGAUAUCAUGCAACCAUUUAGAAAUUGUCGUAUCCCAUCUUGUUGGUUGAGAACCCCAGAUGGCAUAAAACGACUUGCUGUCUCCCUUCAGUAGACCGCUUAACAUAACCACAAAGUUUAUAUGAUUGGUUUUCUUUGUGUCCUGUCUAACGUUCACAUCCCGAAGAGCAGGGAUAAGCCAUAUCAAGUGCAAAAUCUAAUUAAUUUGAUGAAGGCUUUAUUGUGCGCUUAUUGGUGAUGGGGUGAGACCAUCAAACUCUAUACACUUGAGAACCUAUAUUGCCUUGGUUAUUCAGCUACGCCUUGGACCCAGGACGUUGAUGGUGCUGGCUGAAUACACAUUACCCCCUAAUCCACCAACGCAACUGAUUCUCUUUCAUUACGUUGAUUACUAUGAAAGCGAGGGUUCCGUUUUCAAAGUGUUCUAUCUUGCAUCAAACGAGAACCGUUUCUUAUAUUCGCCAAUGGUUUCAAAUGUUGGUGUAUGUAAAAAAUAAAUUGUACAAAUUGGUUUUA